CUGUGAAACCUGUUUGCCUUCUGCUCGAGACAGAUUAAAAUACUUAGACAAAAUCCACUUUGUUCAAAUAAUCUUUAUUCCAGCCUCUCCACAGGACACACGAAAGAUUUUCCACAACAAACUUGGUGUCAGAAGUGGGAUCGCUUGAGGGUCCGUCGGGGCUCCGAGGACGUCGGUGAACAACCACCAGAAUCAACAUCUGAUUCUGCCUCUACCUCAUCUAAAAUACAUUUCUGAGAUGAGAGUACUGACGUUCGAGGAUGGACCGAUCGACCUCGCGAUCCUAGACGAAAAGAUUAUCUUCAAAACCGGUGAGAAGUUGAAAUUCUGAUUCAUUUAAAACAAAACUAAUUAAUUCCUAUUUUUAAAUUUUUAUAUAUAUAUGACAGUUUUUGGACCAAGUAAAAUUAUAGACUAUCUUAUCUCAACUAUGGGACUAGUAAAAUAAGGAUGGUUGUGUGAUAACAUACGAUUGAAUUUUGUCUUCACUACUAUAUGUGACUGACAGAACCACACAGCAAAGUCCUUUGACCUGAUGAUAUAUGCCAGGAAAACAAGGGUCGUUUUUUGAUAACUAGACAGCGAAGUCCUUUGACCCGCAUAUAUGUGCAUUCAUUGUAUGAGAUUUUUAUCUCUGCAAUUAUUGUAUAAGGCUUUUAUCUUUGAUUGUGCCUGAAAAAACAGAUCCAAGAUUCACUGUGACGACUGUGUCUACAAGUAACGAGCUCUAAGAGAAAUCAACCUCACCAUGGGAGGUAAGUAAGGAGGAAGCCCCUCCUGAGGGUCCAAUAGUUGACAUAAUGAUAAGAAAACACGGUCCAGAGUCAUAAAUGCGUUUAAAUCACUGGGUAAAAAAUCACGGAAUCCACCAGGAUAUUCUUUCAGUUCUACUACAUGGAAAUACCUUGAGCAAAGCAUGAAAAAAGCUGAGAUAAAAAAUGAAAGAAGGAAAGAAAAUCAAAAUAGCGGAUUUACGGGAAAUAGAAUUACAAACCAAAUGCCUCUCAUCAUGGCAAUGUGAAUGUGAGAGAAGGAAAACUCCUUGUGCCCCUGGAUCCAACCCCACCCCUACCCCAGUACCCCAUGAUAAAUGUCAAAGGGCCGAACGGACCAGGUCUGGUCCACAGGCCGUGGACAGAAGUGGACAUGGAAAGAGCAAUGAAACACCUGCCUAACGUGACAUUCUCAGGCACUAAAUUCGCUAAAAGCCUCAUGGCAUUUUGUGCAGAAUUUAUGCCAACUAUGCCUGAGCUCCAGUCUUUUAGUUUUGCACAUGGGCGUCGCUCAUUUCGCCAAAAUCAGCGCAACCACAGCUGGUGAAUUCCGACUGCUCAAACCCAUCUGGACUGACAAUGAAAAUCAACCUUAUCAUGCAGCCCUCCUGGGACUCUGCCAAGUUAUCAGAGCGGCUUUCCCUCUGAAAGUAAACACGACAAAAGUUGCCAUCUGCGAGCAGGAAGAUGGCAAAUCAGUGGAAGCGUUUUAUUAACGAUUUCACUGCAUAUUCAACGAGAACUGCGGCUUGGAGGAACCAGCCGACUGGGGUGACACUGCAAGUCUCUUGGAGGCCCACUUCAGAGAGGCUUUCCUCAUCGGACUCAGCGAUCCGAUUAGAAAGUACGUGGAAGCGUAUCUUGUCGACUGGCAAAACACCCGCUUAACUGAAGUCAAGAGAUACGCUGCAUACGCUCAUAGGCACCUCACUGCAAAAACAGAAAAAGCUGCACGUCGGCAGUCCAACGAACUUCGUAAUGUCCACCUCACCAUGGUUCAAGCUGUUGGACAAAUGGCUGGAGGAUAAGACACCAACGGCCCACAGACAAAUCAACACUGCCCGCCGCUUCAAAGACAAGGCGGAAGAGGACGCCCCAACAGAGGGUACGGCAACAGGGGACAGAGAGGGCCAAAGACUGCCCUCAACGACGCGAUUUGGCCGGAAGAGGGGCGAGACGAGGUGGUCGUCACCCUGAUUGACUAACAGACGAGGAUGGCGGAGGGGCAUGUGAGGAGGAGACAUUCUGCCUGCCUGCGGAGACUACAGAGAAGGGAAGUGAAACACACACACACAGCUCAUGCAAUGAAGACACGCUUGCUCCACUGAAAACACACAGCACAUGCAAUGAAGACACGCUUGCUCCACUGACAACACACACACACAAAACAGCUGAACAACACAGACUCCUGUUAUCAGCCAUUGCAUUUUUCAAACAGGAGGAAGAAAAAACUCACACCUAUGCAAAAUAUACAUCACAGGCUCAUACAACAAUGUCUGAAAUAGAUCUUGUGAUAAAUGGAAAAACUUUGACUUUUCUUGUAGAUUCGGGUGCAACAUGUUCUGUGGUUAAGCAAAGCCAGUUACCAAAUCAAAAACUGAGUGGCAGAUAUGUUCUCUCCGUGGGUGCGUCUGGCUCCACAACAAAAGAGUGUUAUACUGUCCCACUCACAUGCACAGAUCCUAAUGACACACAACCCGCGAUGUCACUCAAACAUUCGCUCUCCAUGUUGUCCAGUCAAUCUAAUGGGUAGAGAAUUAAUGUUGGCAUUUGGCAUUCAUUUGAUAUCCAGUCCCACAGGUUUAGUAGUGGUAAGAACUGGGCAGUCUACCUCAUUGACCAUGUUUUGGUCCACAGGUGACGGCCUCUUUAUGACGGCCUCUUUAUCUAUAAAUGGGACAUUCCUCUGACUGUGGGACAGAAACUGAUAGACAUAGCUAACUCUCGAGUGCACUCGUCAGCUGACUUCAUGCUACCAGAUUGUCUACACUGUACUGCGCAUGUGUCUCAUGGACCUGACCCUGAUUUUGAAACAUUGUUCUUUCAGGACAGAACUGACUCUCUGAUGUGCUCUACUUUGUUCUGGGAAACUCCUCAAUAGCGUACUUUGUUUCAAGUGAUGUUCUCUUCCCCACACGUCUCCUUGUGCAAGGCCAAGGACGAUCAGUGGAGUGACACAGGCGCCUUUGUGGCCUUUCGUCAUACUAUCACUGACUGGGAGCCGACUUCGACUGCAAAGCCUUACAGGAAGUUCCUUCCUCACUGUGGGCCACACAUAAGUAUGACGUGGGACACAUCAGGAACGCCGAACCGGUGGUUAUCACACCAAAAUCUGAUUUCAGACCACACAAACAUCAGUAUCCAUUAAAGACAGAGGCCAUUGAGGGCAUUGAACCUGUUUUUGAUUCUUUGUUGCAGGCUGGAGUAAUUGUCCCCCUCACCGACUCUCUUCAGUCGAAUCGGGGGGGGAGAAAGAGCCUGAUGACGGCGGCGGGUGCACACCCAGCAGUCACUGGGGUCCUCGUUUCAGCAAAAACGUCCCUGCCUGUGAUUGGUGCUCUGGUGCGUGAGAUUCCAGGUACCAUCAAGAGAGCAGCGGCGUACACGAAACUCGUGGUCCCACCGGCGCAGGCGCCUCCUCCUCCCAACGAGAUGACGGGCGCCUUCCUGACUAGCCAAACGAUUCGCCGUGUUACGCGGUGGCCUCGUUUCCCAGUUCUAUUCCAUCCUGGAGCAGAUGCAGCGCUCAUCAGAGGAGGGGUAGAAAUUCCGGAAGCACAUGUCUUCCCAACCCGGUGUCCGAGCUCAGCGCUCGUCUGGUAAUUGGCGGGAUCGCCGCAGCGGCCUCUCAACCUCCUGCCCCGCCUGCCUCUCUUCCCUCUCAGCCUGCGUUUCAUGCCUGUACCUGGACCGACCCUCCGGUUGAGCCUCCGAGGAUAUGGGAGCAGGAGAAAGUGACAUGUUGGGGAGGUUAUGUGUUUUCAAUCAGCAGUAAAUGCUCGUGUGUCAAGCAACACAACGGCUCUUGUCAGAGCCAAACACGAGCCUUCUUUGAAGAGCACAUGUUCUGCUGACAUUCAGCCUGUUCCUGAGUCUGCUGGCUCUGCGGCAGCUGAUGUUCACAUAACCUCCACACCAUUUGUGUCAGUGGCCUCUAACCUUUCGGUUAACUGGCCGACCAGACUCAUGUCACGAACACAGUGACAGUGUUCUCUGUCACACAUUCGGAGUUUUCUCCCUCGCACAUCUCUAUAAAUGUGUUGUGUGAUAACGAGCCCACGAGCGACGUUUUUUCGCCUCGUGUGGACAGUGCACUGGUUUCUCCACCUGCACACAGCAUUUGGUGUGUGAGCGCCUGUCACACUGGCUGUGUGAGGCUAUUUCGCAGGCAUAUCUCUCCUCUGGGGUGGAUCCCCCGGAGACUGUCAGGGCGCAUUCCACCAGAGGAAUUGUGUCCUCUGUGGCUCUGCAUGGAGGGAUGGCAGUGGGGGACAUCUGCACUGCAGCUUCAUGGUCCUCCCCUGCUCUUUCAUCCGGUUCUAUCUGCGGGACGUUUCCCAUUUUUCUAUGACCCACUCUGUACUGAGUGUUUUGUCAGAGUGAUUCAUGUGGUGAUUGUUUGUGUGAACUCUCCAUAUUAUACUCAUUGCCGUCUGUUACAAUUCACUACAUCUGCAUUUCCUCACAGCGAUUGUUCGUUGUUCCCAGCCUUCAUCCCGAUUGGGGGGAAUUUGAUGAUUCCAUUCGUAUCCUGCUCCAUUCAGGAGCUUAUGGGACCUGCUAUGCGUCAUUACGCAUGGCACAGUGGUUGGGUGUGUGGUUUGUUUAUGCUUGUGGUACCGAACGGGCCCAUUGAGGCAUGGACUACAUCCGGCUUCGCCUUUAAAUCCCACUAGCAAUAGCCUUAAAGGGCGAAGCCUAUGCAAUAUAGAACGAUAGUUACGUAUUGUAACUCCAGAUUUUAUUCGUAUAGGCGCAGCCCUUUAAGCUAUGGGCCUCACUGGCUUCUUGAAUGGCUGAAGAAAAGCUAUUCUUGGGAGCAGAUUGACGGUCUCGGUCCAAUUUAUACACAAGCGAUAGCCUUUAAGGGCUGCGCCUAUAUUCAUAGAAUCUGGAGUUACAAUACGUAACUAUCGUUUUCUGUGGUUGAUCUCUCCUUUUCCAGUGUUCCCGUUGCUAAAGACAGCCAGUUUUGGUUCGCUUUUAAUUUCGAUGGCAAACCUUACACUUUGACUCGUCUGUGUCAAGGUUAUACUGAAUCACCGACCGUUUACAACACAGCGCUGAAAGAAAGCUUGGAUCCACUCCAAGUCACUCCAGGUUCAGCGCUGCUCCAGUAUGUUGAAGACAUAAUGGUUGCAGCCCCGACCAAACAACAAUGCGAAAAAGACACUGUCAAACUGCUGCACCACCUGGCAGCCGAAGGCCACAAGGCUAGUUUGUCUAAAUUACAGUUUGUGCAGGAAGAAGUGUGUUUCUUGGGACAUCAGAUUUCCAGUGAGGGUAAAACUCUCUCCCCCAAGCGCAUUUCUGCCAUCGUAAAUCUGCCUAAACCUCAGACAAAGAAACAAAUGAGGUCCUUUCUAGGCAUGUGCUCCUAUUACAGGUGCUUCAUCCCUAAUUAUUCUCAGCUUUAGGCUCCACUCAGCGCGAUGAUACAUGGUCAAGGUCUGUCCUCCCACGCAUCUGUUAUCUGGACUCCUUCCGCUGAGCGUGCCUUUAUCAACAUGAAAGUGGCUCUGCAAUCCCCACCGACACCGGGAUUGCCCGACCCGUACAAGCCUUUUACACAGGCUGUAGACGAGCGCAACCGAUGCAUGACCUCUGUUCUCUCGGCGACAGACUCCGACCGAUGGCUUACUUCUCAGCUAAGUUAGAUCCUGUCACUGCGGGUCUACCGCACUGCCUCCGAGCAGUGGCGGCUGCAGAAAAAGUGUUGACAGUGUCACGUCACAUUGUAGGUUUUUUCGGACGUUACACUUCUCGUUCCACAUGCAGUUUCACACAUUCUGCUUGAACAAAAGACGUCACCCCUCUCCGCUGCUAGGUAUCUUAGAUAUCACACGUCUUUUGGACAUGCCAAAUGUCACUGUGAAACGCUGUACUGUUCUAAAUCCUGCUUCUCUACUCCCCACACCUGACGAUGGCGAGGAGCAUAACUGUUUGGCAGAACUCCAAGCUCUGUGCACUCCUCCACCUGACAUGACUGACACUCCCCUCGACAACCCUGGUUCUGCUACAGGCCUUAAUCGUGUUGGUUUUUCUGUUGUUUCAGAUUCAGAGACUCUCCGUUCUGGCCCUCUCCCUUCUCACUACUCAGCCCAAGCAGCAGAGCUUACUGCCCUGACCAAAGCAUGUAAAUUCUCCGCGGGAAAUGCGAGGGCUGAUGCAGCGGCCAAGGCCGCAGCCCGACCCCCCCCCCCCCCGCAGCUGCCUGAUAAACCCCUGAUAAGUGUGGCCUUGCUGCAGACACACGUCUCACUCCCUGACUCCCUCCCUUCCACCCUCUCCCAGCUGCAGUCUCUCUCCACACCGGAGGAGAACCAUCUGUGGUCCUCAUCAGGAUGCACUUUCAGUGAUGCCGUUUGGUGGGGGCCGAAUGGUCACCCUUGCCUCCCAAAACACUUUUUUCCUCACUUUGCAAAGUUAACACAUGGGUUAGACCAUGUGUCAAAAGGGGGAAUGUUGAGUAUGGUUGAUCAAUACUGGUUCACAAAAAGUUUUUCCAUUUUUGCUCAAAAACAUUGUCAAGCCUGCGUCACAUGUGCAACACACAACGUAGGAAGACCAGUACAAGUUUCAGCACAGGCGGCACAUCCACCACCUACACGACCAUUUGAACAUAUGAUGAUGGAUUUCAUUGAACUAGAUCCAUCUGAAGGCAAGAAACAUUGUCUGGUAAUGGUAGAUAUGUGGUCCAAACGGGUGGAAGCUUUCCCUGCCUCAAAACAAACAGCUGGAGUAGUAGCUAAAGCACUGCUUACCGAAAUUAUUCCCAGAUGGGGAAUCCCGAGCAGAUUGUCCACCGACAACGGGACACAUUUGGACACCCAGGGUUUUGUGGUCUCCGAUGCUCCGUACUCGCUCUGAUUCUUAUCUCUUUAGUGAUUGUAAUCUUCGUAACCUUCAUCAUCCCUCUCUUGUGUUGUCUGAUUGUGAACAUGUUCUCUGCUCACAAGGUUGUGUACUCAUGUGUGUCUGCCAAAACACCAGAUCUGUAUCCUACCCCUUCCUACAUUGAUUCUGAUGAUGAUGAUUAUGUCGAUUCCAUGACCAAGUUUUCUUCCGUUUAGAUGUUUUGAUUGACGACAUUUCUACUGUUUAGUUAUGUUUGAAACCCUCCUCUAAUUGCUUGCUAAAAUUAUCAGUUCACCUUUUGAUCCCAAAACAGCCCUUUUGCUUGUUUUUAAGAUGAGUUUCUGUAUGAUGAUGUAUUUUAAACCUUCUUGGUGUAAUAUGUUUGAUGUUUCCUGAAGCUCUUCUGUUGUGAUUAAUAUAUAAUCAAAAGGAGGAUGUAAUAAAAAAUAUUCUAUAUACUGUGUUACAUAUACUUUAUACUGUGUGAUUCGUAGUUCUAUAUCGCGUGACCUGAUUGCUUAUGUCUCCCUUCACA